AAAAUAAUAUUAAAUUUGUUCCGCCGCUCGAUAAGCGUAUUUAUAAAGAGCGAAUUGAUGAAUAUAUGAAAUUUGCAAAAGAUUAUGAAGUAAAAUUUGCACAGGUCAUAAAAGAUAAUGAACAAAAAGCAGAAACGCUAUAUGCAUUAUUAAUGGAUAGUAGUGAUAAGGCUAAAAUGUAUGAACAUUUAAAUGAAAAAAGAAAAACUCGUUAUAAUUCAGCAUGUGAUUUAAUGAAAAAAAUCGAAAAUGAACUUCAAAGAAAACGAGAAAAUGUUAAAAGUGCUUUUAAUGAACUUGAAAAAGGAAUUGAGAAUUGGAAAGAAGAACAAAAAAUUGAAGCGCAAAAACAAUUGAUUAUCGCUGCUGUAGAUUUAUCUUUAAGUGUUGCCAAAAUUGUUGUACAACCUGGUGGCAUGAUCAGUUUUGUCGAAACUAUAAAAAAAGUGAUCAAUUCAGUUCAGGAAGCUUUAACUAAUGUCGAUAUAGAGAAAAUUGAAGAGUUGUAUAAGGUAACUACCGAUGCUGAUGUGAAAGAAAAUUUUGACAAACUUAAGGAUUUAGAAAAUCAAGUUAAUAAAAUUCAAGAAAUUGAUAAAAAACUGAAAAGUGAUAUCGAUAAUGCUAAUAAACUAGAUAGUAAUACGAAGGAAGAGCGUGGAAUAAUAGAGAGUUUAGAUAUUAAUAAUAAUGAUCAAAAAGGAAUCUUGUUAAGCACCGAAUGGGAAUUAACUAGGCGCCGAAUGAUGAAAUUGCUUGAAUUUCCAAUCAAGCAAAAUAUUGAAGGUGCUGAAAAAUAUUUAAUCUCAUUAGAGAAUUUUUUUAUAUUUAUUGAUGCAUAUAUUAAAGCCAAGAGCGAAGAAAUCGAAAGUUCUGAUGAAUAUUUACGAACUAGUUUGCAAGCAAAAAUGUCAAAAGGAAAAAAAGAACGAGUUGAACGAAUGAUUGAAAAACACAAAUCAAAAAAUUAUCUUUGUGCCUACGAAUAUUGGUCACUUUCAAAGUCAGACAUAAAACCUUCAGUCAUUAAAACAUUUCAAGAACUGGAAGAAGAUAUGAAUAAAAUUAGAGAUGAAUUAGAGAGAGCAUAUGAACAAUUUGGAUGUAGUCGUAAUCCUAAUUGGUCUUUAAUUAAAUUUGAUGAUGAAAAAUAUAUUGAAGAAUUUAAAAAUAAUCGAUCUAUUAUAAUAGAAAUUCCAUUGAAUUGUGAGAAAUUGUUGAAUUAUUCUCAUAUAAACCUUCACGCUCUUAGAGUAUACUUAGAAGGGGUUGGAUCGGAAAAUGAGAUAAUCAGCCUCUAUAUUAGUAAUACAGGCACCUUGGCGAACAGAGAUAAAGCAAAUCAAGAUCACCAUUUUAGGUCUGAACCUAUUCCAACUAAUGAAUUUAAAUACAGAGUAAGUUCAUCCUUAAAUCCAUCUGUAAAAUACGAUAAGUCCGAAGAUUAUAUAGAUCAUGAUAACAAAUAUAAUAAUGAUGAAAAGAUUUAUUUUGUCCCAACUCCAUUUUGUCAGUGGAACAUUAGUCUUCAUACUAAAAAUGACUU